AUGCUCCGCAAUGAAAAGCGCCUGGAUUUCAUUACAGCGCUGGCAGAUAAACUUGUCAAUGGUGUGCAUGGUUUCGAGCCAAUGCUUUCAAUGACAAGCGAUAAAAAGAUUUUACACGCCGUGACCAAGCACUCGCUUAAUCGACAUUUGGUUCGUCAGGUUUGGACUGAUGAGCCUGAAUAUCACGAAGUUAUGUUGAAAGACUCCGUGUGGAAGAUGUUUGGACAGAUAAUGUCUAGGACAUUCAUUAACGACAAGGACUUUUACCGCAAUCCCGAGUGGGUAAAUGCGAGCUCAGAGUAUGUCGAGCUGUCAGCUCUAGCUGGAUAUGAGCUACGAGCCUUUCCAAGAUGGGCAAAGCGUUGGGUCGCACCAUUCCUUCCUAAUUGUCGGAAGCUUCAGUCCCUUUUCAAACAUAUCAACACUCUCUUGGAACCCUUAAAGGAAAAGUUAGAUGGGAAAAAAUUAGAAAUUGACUCUAAAAGCCCACUGAGCUUCUUGCAUCAAAAGCUGGACGGUCAACCAGAUGCGCUAGCAUCUAUGCUAAUCGCUCUCUGUUUGGUGUCAUAUGAUGGGGGAGGAGAGUUGUUUACCCAUGUUCUUCACUCGGUCUUCACAAAUGAUCAACUGAUACGUGACCUCCGUUCUGAGAUUGUGAAUGUUGUUGGGGAUAAAGGCUUUAACAAGAAUACCUUACAAGGUCUCGUACUCAUGGACAGUGUUUUGAAGGAGGCUAUGCGUAUGCAUCCUGAGUCUGUUCUCCUGAUGCAACGAAUCGCUUUAGAAGAAGUCGUAUUACCCGAUGGUCUUAUUAUACCCAAAGGAACGCCCCUUUUGGUGUCUGGCUGCCAUAUCAUUGACGGUUCCAUUUGGCCUGAUGGCGACAAAUUCGACGGCUACCGAUUUUUUAACCUACGCCAGAAGGCGGAUUCCUCUACAAAUCAGGCGGCUUACAACUUCACAUCAACAUCUCCAGACCAUUUUGGCUUUGGCCAUGGAUCUCAAGCAUGCCCUGGAAGGUUCUUUGCAUCGUAUAUGCAGAAGAUUUUGCUGUGCCAUGUGCUGAUGAAGUACGACAUUUCAGUCACUAUCCCAAAGGAGGGCGCAUGGUUUCAACGUGGAUACACACAUGUGGCUCAUCCAGGACUAAAGGCUCACGUCAGGCGACGAAAAGAGGAGAUCCCAUUGUGA